AUGGCUGCUUUGCUUUAUACCUUUUUGAAAAUGCGGGACCAACGCCGCUCUGUGACUGAAGGGAAGAUUGACGGGAAGCGCCACCCUGACCGUGCUCUGUUCUGCGGGGUGAAGCGGCAGGGCAUACUGUACCUGAGGCCGUGUAUUGAUGCAAACACUUCAACCCACAUGCUGUUCUGCAACAAGUCUGUGCGUGGGAGCAUUGCGGCACAGUGCGCUCGGGAGAAUCGUUCCAAAGCUCUAAAAAAGAUCGUUGACGAAACGGCGAACACUGUUUUGACUAUUGUACUUGGAAACCGGUAUUCGCCCUGCGUUGCCCUGCAUUGCCCUGCACGGGGACACAUGUGGUUGGGCUCCGACAUCGGACGUGAGGAGAACGACGGGGAAUGCAAUCUCACCAACAAGCUUUUUGAACAAGGCGCGGCCUCUCCGUCGGUCGACAUGGAAAGCAUUCUUCACGAAUUCUUCAACAGACGAACGUCUCAGGCGACAGACGAGGCUUUGUUUUCUUGGACGAGUGCAGGAGAAGUCGACAAGACUUGCUCGGAACGGCGAAUGCGAGCCGAAACUGCAUCUCGCCUCGCCUCGCCUCGCCUCGCCUCGCCUCGUCGGGGAUGGAAAAUCGAUCGCGGGUAA